CUCCCAUCUCUCUCUUCUUUCUUUUUGGUUUUGACCCAAAGCAAAUUCUACAAUAGAGCAAAAAUAAAAUUAGAAAAGACAUAAAAACAGAGACCAAAUCUUUUCUUCAGUUGAAUCUCUUAUACUAUAAAAACCAUAUUUUUUCCUCCAAAUCCUGUAACAGUAAAAUUUGUAUAGAUCGAAAGAAAGCUACAAUUUUUGACGCUCUAUAAUGGCUGAAUUUAUGGAACCAAAUCUUGUAUCCAAUUUUGAUGAUGAGAAGAGCAAUUCUGUCGACACAAGAUCGAUUUUUCAGAUGGGUUUUCCUCUGGAGAGCGAAGAGAUCGUUAGAGAGAUGAUUGAGAAAGAGAGACAACACUCACCGAGAGAUGAUUACCUCAAGAGACUGAGAAACGGAGAUUUGGAUUUCAAUGUCAGAAUCCAAGCCCUUGGUUGGAUUUGGAAGGCCUGUGAGGAACUUCAAUUUGGACCAUUGUGUAUAUGUCUAGCAAUGAACUACUUGGAUCGUUUCUUAUCUGUUCAUGACUUACCUAGUGGAAAAGCUUGGACUGUACAAUUGUUGGCUGUUGCUUGUUUAUCAUUGGCAGCUAAAAUAGAGGAAACUAAUGUUCCAGAGUUAAUGCAGCUGCAGGUUGGAGCUCCCAUGUUCGUGUUUGAGGCUAAAUCAGUUCAAAGGAUGGAACUUUUGGUGUUGAACGUAUUGAGAUGGAGGUUACGGGCAGUGACACCGUGCUCUUACGUUAGAUACUUCCUGAGUAAGAUCAAUGGCUAUGAUCAAGAACCACAUAGCAGAUUGGUAACUAGAUCACUACAAGUGAUAGCCAGCACAACCAAAGGUGAUAGAUUAGGUCUCUUCUUUUUCAAAGGGGUUCUGGUUUUCUAAACCUCAGUUUUGCUUUUGAGUUAUGGGGUUAUGGACUUUUGGGGUUAGAAAUGAUUGAUGGUGGUUGUGAAAAAGAUUGUUGAUGUGUGGGCAGGUAUUGACUUCUUGGAGUUUAGAGCUUCAGAGAUUGCUGCUGCAGUUGCUCUUUCUGUUUCUGGAGAACACUUUGACAAAUUCUCCUUCUCUUCUUCCUUCUCAAGCCUUGAAAAGGAGAGAGUGAAGAAGAUUGGUGAAAUGAUAGAGAGAGACGGAUCAAGUUCAAGUUCACAAACACCAAAUAAUACAGUCUUACAAUUUAAGAGUCGUCGUUAUUCUCAUUCUCUUUCUACUGCUUCUGUUUCCUCCUCCCUCACUUCUCUUUCUUAAUUUUCCUCAUCUUCCUUUUUAUCUAUUUCUCUCUUUUUCCAUUGUCUCAAUUUGGAUUUUAUUUAAUGAAAAAUCACAGAAAAAAAUUGCUUUUCUUUUAGCCUGGUAAUAUUUGAUAAAAGCG